UUGGUACAUGCAUAGUUGCUGUCUAAACAAGAGAGGUAGAGCGACAGAGAGAGACCCAGAGAGAGAGAGAGAGAGAGAGAGACCCAUAGAUUCAGAGAGAGAGAGAGAGAGAGAGAGAGAGAGAGAGAGAGAGAGAGAGAGAGAGGGAGGGAAUGCUGAGGAGGGGGUCCAGUUGAAAGAGCAACACAGUCAUUACUGAGGUCCCUGAGGGGCCGGAGAACAGAUAUAUCUCAGUGUGUGUGUGUGUAUAAAACGAAGGCACCGCUGCUUGUAUCUAACAGACUGAGGACCAGACAGGGCGCUUCAGCUACGAGAUCACAACAGAUAAAGAAGAACGACAAGUCUGCAAUAAGUUGUUGUGACAGAAUAGCUGUGAACAGUAGCAGGGGUUGAGGGGAUUCGAGUGUGAGAAAUCUAUCUGUCAGAUGCUGACAGGAUCCAAACAGUGAAAAGAGACAAAACUCAAGUGUGAGAGCUCUAAGAUGACAAAGCAGGCUGCUGCACAGGAACUGGACGAACUGUGUUUCCUCUCAGCCCAGGCCAUGUGCACCCUGGAAACAUCGGACCACUUCACCAUGGUCAAGCUCCUCGGGGAAGGCUCCUACGGCAAGGUCAUGCUGGCCGUCCACAAAAAGAGAGGAACUCCCAUGGCUCUGAAGUUCUUCCCACGCCGCUCCACCUCCCUCUUCUCCUUCCUGCGUGAAUACAACCUCUCCCUCUCCUUCUGCACUCACCCCUCGCUCACCAGGGCUCUGGGGAUCUUCUUCUCCACCCCCUCCGACUACGUGUUCGCUCAGCAGGCCGGUCUCUAUGGCGACCUCUACAGCGUCAUCGUGUCGGAGGUGGGUGUGGAGGAGGAGGUGGUGCAGAGAGUUAUGGCUCAGCUCAGUGGUGCCGUGUCUCACCUCAACUCCCUGGGCUUCGUGCACCGCGACAUCAAGCCCGAAAACAUCUUCUUGUGCGACCAUUCCUGCCGCUGGGUCAAACUGGGCGACUUCGGUCUGGCCAGGCCCAGGGGCUCCACCGUGCGGGCCGUUUGGUACGAGUCCCCCUUCUGUACCCCCGAGGUGGAGCCGGCCAAGGAGCUGGAGAAGGAGGGCGAGGAGGGUGGAGAGGAGCCGGAGGAUAUUUGGAUCACGGUGGAGCCCAGUAUGGACAGCUGGGCCCUGGGAGUGCUGGUGUUCUGCCUGCUCACCGGCUGCUUCCCCUGGGAGGAAAGCACCCGCGACGACCCCGCCUACCGGAGGUACAAGCGAUGGUUCGACCGCGAGGCUAUGAGGGAGGAGAGGAGGGGGGGUAGGGGACUGCAGGGUGGGGAGGACGAUGGGCUGAGGGACGACAUCAUGAGCAUUGAGGACAUGUGCUUGGAGGACGACCACGUGGCCCCACAGUUCCGGGGCUUCAGCCCACUCGUGAUGUCUCUGUUCAGGGAGCUGCUCCACCCGGAGCCCAGGCUUCGUGGGGGCCCGGAGGAGAUCCUUAGCUAUCUGGGUGGGCCGUGGCUCAAAGAGACAGAGCGAGAGCAGAAGAGGAAAGCAGAGGAGGCCGAGAUGGAGGCAGGGAAAAUAAGAGGCGGGGGUGUGGAGGAAGAAAGGGUGAGGGAGGGACGAGGUGAGAGAUGAAAGGUGUUAUAUGGAACUAGAAAAUCAUUCAAAAGGGUGCAUAUUUUCCAUGUUUAUGAUGUAAAGAAAUGGAUACUUUCUUAAUUCAGGAUGAUUUAUAUAUGAUGUGCAUGGUGCAUUAAAAGAACACAUACUGUAUAUUCUGGACACACAUUAAUCAUGUGUCUAUUUAAUAAUGAAAGACAUUACUAAUGGAAUUUCUUAGCUUUUUAUUAUGGUGUAAUUUUGUCAAAUGUUGUUUUGUACUGUAUGAAUAUCUUGUAAAUAGUUUAAUGACGAUAGCACUUCAACUCCAGUAAACUUUAAAAAAAUGUUUUUUAAAUGUAUGUUUUGGUUUGCAAAUUUUGUGGGUGUGUGUGCGUGCGUACAUGCAAAAAGUUGAAUGAGAAAAAAGUGAUAUGAUAAUUUGUUCCUCUCCUUAGCUACAAGCUGUCAUUGCAAAAACUGUGACUUUUUUGUUGUACAGAUACAAUAAUAAACCAGUUUGUAUUUCUCUUAAAA